AUGUCCAACCAACCUACUGCUGAUAUCGGCUUGAUCGGCUUGGCCGUCAUGGGCCAGAACUUGAUCCUCAAUAUGAACGACAACGGCUACACGGUUGCCUGCUUCAACCGCACCGUGAGCAAGGUCGACCACUUUUUGGAGAACGAGGCGAAAGGCACCAAGGUCGUUGGUGCACACUCGAUCCAGGAAUUUUGCGCGAUGCUCAAGCGUCCACGCAAGAUUGUGCUCCUUGUCAAGGCCGGCCCCGCCGUGGAUGCUCUCAUCGCGGAGAUCAUCCCCUACCUCGAGAAGGGCGAUAUCAUCAUUGAUGGUGGCAACUCGCACUUCCCCGACUCGGACCGCCGCAUGGCGGAGCUCGAGGCCAAAGGCUUCUUGUUCGUCGGCAGCGGUGUCUCUGGUGGCGAAGAAGGCGCGCGCUAUGGCCCCUCGCUCAUGCCGGGUGGCAGCAAAGACGCAUGGCCCGAGAUCAAGGAGAUUUUCCAGGCGAUUGCCGCCAAGAGCGACGGAGAGCCCUGCUGCGACUGGGUCGGCACCGGCGGUGCGGGCCAUUAUGUCAAGAUGAUCCACAACGGUAUUGAGUACGGUGACAUGCAGCUCAUCGCGGAGGCGUACGCCUUUAUGGAGCACGGCCUUGGCAUGAACUAUGACGAGAUGUCGCAGACUUUGGCCGAGUGGAACAAGGGUGUGCUCGACUCGUUCCUCAUCGAAAUCACUCGCGAUGUGCUCGCCUUCAAGGACACAGACGGCAAGCCGAUAGUGCCCAAGAUUCUCGACUGUGCCGGCCAGAAAGGCACCGGCAAGUGGACCGCGAUCAGCGCUUUGGACUUUGGCCAGCCGGUGACGCUGAUCGGCGAGGCUGUGUUUGCUCGCUGCCUCUCUGCGCUCAAAAAUGAGCGCGAGAAAGCGUCGCUGAAGCUCGGCGGCCCGAAGCCGAACUUUGAGGGCGACAGGAAGCAGUUCCUCCAGGACCUCGAGCAGGCGCUGUACGCGAGCAAGAUUGUCUCGUACACCCAGGGCUACAUGCUCCUCCGUGAGGCGUCUAAAGCGUUCAACUACGACCUCAACUUUGCCUCGAUUGCGCUCAUGUGGCGCGGUGGCUGCAUUAUCCGUUCCGUGUUCCUCAAGGACAUUACCAACGCCUACCGCAAGAACAAGGAGCUAGACAGUUUGCUUUUGGACGACUUUUUCGCCAAGGCAAUCACCAAGGCACAGCCUGGCUGGCGCCGUGUCGUUUCCCAGGGCGCUCUCUGGGGUAUCGCACAGCCCGCGACCUCUGCUGCGCUCUCCUUCUUUGACGGGUACCGCACAGCAAAGGGCAGCGCGAGUCUCAUCCAGGGGCUGCGCGACUACUUUGGCGCGCACACCUUUAAGGUCAUGCCCGGUCAGGAGAACGACGUUUUCAAGGAUAAAGAGGACAUUCACGUCAACUGGACCGGCCGCGGCGGCAGUGUGUCUGCUUCUACAUACAUUGCUUAG